CCGCUAGAGAGUGGACAGUAGUGAUCAUCCCACGAUCGAAAGUUGAAUUGUUAGUAAAACUUUUUGUUUGAUACAACGUUGGUCGCCAUGACGAUGAUUUUAAACUCAAUGACAUUUACUGUUGGGACAUUCGUGUCUCUUCUAUUGGCUUGCGUUUACGCCCAGCAGGCUACUCAGGGUGAACUACUAUCCCAGACCUGCCUUGGAUGUAUUUGCGAAGCUGCAUCCGGCUGCAAUGUCACAUCCGGUUGCGUCGGUGAAGUAUGUGGGCCUUUUCGCAUAACCUGGGGCUACUGGGCAGAUGGUGGAAAGCCUACUCUCAAUAAUGAACCUAACACCGUUGAAGGAGCUUAUCCAAGAUGUGUGAGUGAUCCCUAUUGCGCAUCUCGUGCCGUGCAAGGAUACAUGAACAAAUUCGGACAGGACUGUAACGGAGAUGGAGUUGUGAAUUGCGAUGAUUAUGCCCGCAUUCAUCGGCUUGGCGGUUACGGAUGCAGUGGUGGUUUAGAUGUAAAAUAUGAAACUUCCUACAAGACUUGCAUACAAAACUUCGGCUAAACUCAUCCAUUCUUCGUAAUUCUCACAUUUAUAAUAGUAAAUCGGUCCAGCAAUAAUUGUAACAACUGGCGUUAGAACAAACUUUUAUGAGCGAAUUUGAUCGACUACGUUAACGAAAACAAAUUUUUUUUAAACGAUGUGUUACAUUAGUCCUUUUAAUUGCAAGGGGAAAUAAGAACAGUUAUUAUUUUUUUGGUAUUUCGUAAAUCUGUCGUAUUUAAAAUAAAUUUCUUCGAAUCGAAUAAUAACGAAUUAUAUAUAAUGAUGA